CAGUGUAGCAAAUACGGCCAGGAGGAAAUUACAUUAUGAUUUGAAAAUACUUGAAUCCUUGUCCUGUGCCCUCUAUUGAAGGUCUCCAGACUGCAGGAGCAGCAGAGCAGCCACGUGAAGGGCCAUGUCUCCGUGUUUAUCUUGUUACCACACAAAAGCAUUUUUAGCCCAUCUGUGCAAAAUCUAAUAAGGUGCAUAGUGUCAAAGAGGUGGAGAAAUGCAACUCUCCGUGUUGCUGCAUAGCAAAGCCGUUUCAGAGAGCAACUGGUAACAUGGAUUGCACCUCGGAAGGGGACAGCUGAACUCUCCCUCUGGCUUUAGUAAGGAAAGAGCAGCGAUGAAAUCCGUGGACUGUGUGCACGUCAUCCAACAGAAGGAUACCGCCUCCUCUCCCUCUGCCCCCCCUGGUGCUGUUUCAGGCACCACGGGACUUUUUUCUGUCACAUUCCUGUGGCUUGCAAUGCUCCUGUCCUCUUGUCUUGCAGCAGUGUCUCUUUACCAUGUCAGCAUCCUGAAAACAGAGCUAGAAGCUCUGCGCAGCGAGCUGACCCACAGCAUCCAGGCAAGGUCUCCGCCAGAGCAGCCGCUCUUGGCCCCCGAUGGAGGCAAAGCAGGUACCCCAGAUUCUCCCUUCCUGCAGGUGUCUGCAGCUGGCUCCACAAAGGAGAGCAGGCUUGCUGGUGCUGGCCCGGCGGAGAGUUUCCAAAAGGAAAUCUGGAACGGGAGUAGGAACAGGGGCAGGCGGUCUGCUGCCAACACAGAGGAAAAAGUGCUGCAGGCCUGCUUGCAACUGAUUGCUGACAGCAAAAGUGAUAUCCAACAGAAAGAUGAUUCAAGCAUUGUCCCUUGGCUCCUGAGCUUUAAACGUGGAACAGCUCUGGAAGAACAAGGAAACAAAAUAGUGAUCAAAGAAACAGGUUAUUUUUUCAUAUAUGGCCAGGUUUUAUACACAGAUACAACAUUUGCUAUGGGGCACCUCAUACAGAGGAAGAAGGCUCACGUGUUUGGUGAUGAUCUCAGCUUGGUGACCUUGUUUCGCUGCAUCCAAAAUAUGCCACAGUCUUAUCCAAACAAUUCUUGCUAUACUGCUGGCAUUGCAAAAUUAGAAGAAGGGGAUGAACUUCAACUUACAAUACCACGGAGAAGGGCUAAAAUAUCCUUGGAUGGAGAUGGUACUUUUUUUGGUGCAGUAAGACUCUUCUGAAGCCCUUCACUUCUGCUGUUAUGCUUAAUGCCAUUUUCUUCUCUACCUAUGCCUUUGUCAGAAAAAAUAUGGAAUUGUAAUAAAGCUGCCAAUUCUCUCUCCCAAUUCA